AUGUCCGGCGAUGCUGAACUUAAUGUGGAUAGUCUCAUAGCACGUUUACUCGAAGUACGUGGAUGUCGACCGGGCAAGAUUGUUCAAAUGAGCGAAGGUGAAGUGCGGGGGUUAUGUUUGAAAUCACGUGAAAUAUUCCUUAGUCAACCAAUUCUGUUAGAGCUUGAAGCACCAUUGAAAAUUUGUGGUGACAUUCAUGGACAAUAUACGGAUUUAUUGCGUCUUUUCGAAUAUGGUGGCUUUCCACCUGAAUCCAAUUAUCUAUUUCUUGGAGAUUACGUCGAUCGUGGCAAACAGUCAUUAGAAACGAUCUGUUUAUUGCUUGCUUACAAAAUAAAAUAUCCCGAGAAUUUUUUUCUACUUCGUGGAAAUCAUGAAUGCGCUUCGAUCAAUCGUAUCUACGGUUUUUACGACGAAUGUAAACGUCGGUACAAUAUUAAAUUAUGGAAAACAUUUACAGAUUGUUUUAACUGUUUGCCAAUUGCUGCUAUCAUCGAUGAAAAGAUCUUCUGUUGCCAUGGAGGGUUAUCACCUGAUUUGCAAACAAUGGAACAAAUCAGACGAAUCAUGCGACCAACAGAUGUACCUGAUACUGGUUUAUUAUGUGAUUUAUUAUGGUCUGAUCCUGAUAAAGACACUCAAGGCUGGGGUGAAAACGACCGAGGUGUUUCAUUCACAUUUGGUGCUGAUGUUGUAGCGAAAUUUCUAAAUCGACAUGAUAUGGAUUUAAUAUGUCGCGCACAUCAAGUUGUUGAAGAUGGAUAUGAAUUUUUUGCCAAACGACAAUUAGUAACAUUGUUUUCCGCACCUAACUACUGUGGCGAAUUCGAUAAUGCGGGUGGUAUGAUGUCUGUCGAUGAAACAUUGAUGUGUUCUUUUCAAAUUUUGAAACCGAGCGAGAAGAAACCGAAAUAUCAGUAUGGCGGUCUCAAUACCAGUCGACCAAUGACUCCUCCACGUGCCCCGACAGCUCCGCCUCAAACUCAACCGAAAACUGGCAAAAAAUAA